AUGCAGCUAAUGUCUGAAUUCUAUGGAUCUAGGCAACUAGUACCAUAUGAAGAUAAAGAUGUGCACAAUUUCUGCUCAACACUACGUACAACUGAAAAGUAUAAAGAUAUGCAAGAAACGCUGGAAUAUUUUGAAGAAUUGAAGCAACAUGACCCAGAUUUUUUUUACAAGUUUAAGUUGGAUGAUGAUUACAGGCUUCAGAACCUAUUCUGGAUAGAUGGUGCAGCAAGGAGGGCGUAUGAAACAUAUCAUGACUGUGUGUCUUUUGAUACAACAUAUAUGACAAAUAUGUAUGAUAUGCCCUUUGCACCCUUCAUUGGGAUAAACAGACAUGGUCAAUCAUUCCAGGUAGGUUGUGCGUUCCUAAGAGAUGAAAAGACACCAAGCUUUGUCUGGCUUUUCCAAACAUUAUUGGGAGCAAUGAAAGAGAAAGCUCCGUUGAAUAUUAUUACUGAUCAAGAUGGUGCUAUGAGAAGUGCAAUUGAACAUGUGUUCCCACUUGCAAAUCAUAGGAACUGUCGAUGGCACAUAAUGAAUAAAGCAGCGGGUACUGUAGGUCCUUUACUUAAGGAAGAUAAAGAGUUGGAGGACGAAUUCAAGGACUGUAUAAACUAUAGUGCCAUGCCAGAAGAGUUUGAGGCAAAGUGGCAAGCUAUGAUUCAAAAGCACCAAUCCAUGCAAAGAAGUGAAGGUUUUAACGUAGUGUUGAAGUUGUAUGUCAGCCCAAACUUAUCGAUACUGGACUUUGUGAAGCAAUACCAGAAGAUUCAAGAUAAGUGUCUUGUUGCUCAAGAUGGGCAGGACUUCAGAACCGAUGAUAAGACUCGAAACACAUGGUCAAAGAACCCUAUUGAGAAGCAUGCCUCAACUGUGUAUACGAAGAACAUAUUCUACAGAUUCUCAAAAGAAUUUGAAAAGAUCGAAGAGUAUUUUGUGCAGCAUAUAGGUGACUACCAGUUCAGGCUUGUGCCAAAUGACAAGUUUGUUGAUGGCUAUGGCGCUAGGUCAUAUGAUGUGACAGCAAUUGAAGAAGAAGAAAGCUACUAUUGCGAGUGCAGCAAGUUUGAUAGGGAUGGCAUAAUUUGCUGUCACAUCAUCAAGGUUAUGAGCAGAUUUGGUGUCAAGAAGCUGCCUAACCGAUACAUAAUGGAAAGGUGGAAGCAACAGGAAAUGACUGUUGGCACAAAUGCUAAUGCAAAUCUUCAAGCUGAUGUUGGGACUAGUGGUAUGCCUUUGCAGAACCAAAAGACAAUAAGAUUCAGCAAUCUUGCCUCCACGCUCACAAAGUUUGCUCGCGAGGGAUCAAACUCAGAAGAUGCUUAUGAAAUUGUUACAAAGCACAUUGGAAUGAUGCGAUCUGAACUUGAAGAUCUAAAGAAGAACAAGAAGAAAAGGACACAGUGUAAUGAGAUAUCAGCUAAUACUGCUGCUGGUGCUCUCAAUAAUCCCAGCACUCCUCAUGCUACAAAUGCACAUAUGACUGUAGCUUCUGCACCUUUAACUACUGCAACUUCAGUUGCUGCAUCCACAACUGCUAUGUCUAGUCAUACUGGACUUGGGACUAUUGGAACAAAUCUACAUGAUCCUACUAUUCCUAGUAAUUCAGGAAAAGUAAAGAAUCCUCCAAGAUUAGUUGUCAAAGGGAGAAAAAAGUCAAAAAGACUAUCUAAUGUAAUGAAUUACACAACCAAAGAGGAGGAACCAGUGCAGCAUUUGUCACUCUGA